AAUUUUACUGUUGGUUUAAUGAACUCUAAAAACUCUAAAGCAUCUUUCAUAUUAAAUAUCUCUUCUAAUCGUAAAAGUCGUUCGAUGAUAACUGAUUAUUCAUCUACUAAAGACUCGAAUGAUUUCCGUGAGACUUAUUUGAAAUAUGUAAAUGUUCACCCACCUUGUAAAAG